AUGGCGACUGUAUCCGAAUCGAAAAAGAAUGAUGAGCAAACGAUCAAGGUUGCCUCCAAAAAGGACACCAAGAACCAAUCCAACGGACCUAUCAAGCUGAAGAAGCCCGCGCCGAAGUACAGCAAACCCGGAAAUUGGAGGGAAGGGAGCGUCAUCGACGAUGACAAAAAGUCCAAGAACUCCGAGUCAGCAUCAAUCUCCGUAGCCUCGCCAGGCCCGGUAGUCAACCCCCUUGACGACAACGCGCGUGAAGCGUUUGCGACCGGUCGACCCCUCGAGGACAGCCCUGAUCUGCAACAAUGCAAACAUUGCAAGAAGAGCAUUCUCAAGACAGCCGCAAAGGCACACAUUGCGCAGUGUCUAAGGUUGAAGAAAGAGAAGGCUCAGAGGAAGAAGGAGGCGAGAGAAGCCCGCGAGCGAGCCAAAGAGGCCGCGAGAGAGGAAGAAGCCAGAAAGGCUGACGAGGAUGGUGACGGCAAGGGUGAAGACGACAGCGACGGCGAUGACGAUGGCGCUGAAAAAAAGGCAAUCGGGAACAAGACCGCUAAAAAGGCCGCAGGCAAGAAGACAGAUGGAGAGGCGGGCAAAGGGAAAAAGCGCAAAGCGGAUGGCGAUGCGGAUAAGGGGCCAAAACAGAAAAAGAAAAAAGAGGAACCGAAACCCAAAGCCCCCAAGCCGAAAGAGGCUGCGCUCGAUGCCAACGCGCCGCUCGAGGACGAGGACGAAGCCAAUGCGGGACCUGUGGACUCCGAUGAGGAAACAGCCGCCGUCAUGAGCGCGCUGGCGCACUGGAACCCGCAGCCCGUGGUACCACAACCAGUGUUAAACCCAAUCAAGAGACAAUACCAGCUCGCACGUCUUCACGAGCAGCUGCAAAUGGCCACAAACGGUGGCCGAACCAAUAUUUUCAAGGUUGUAGGUUUAGGUGCCCAAAAACUGCCUGAUGGCCACUCAGGGUUAGUUGAUGGAGAAGACGCACCAGGAGAGCCGGAUACUUCUGUCGCCAAUUUUGGCGCUUCUCGAAGAUCGUCAAGUUUCAGCAUGCAGGGGCAGCCACAGCGUAGGCAGUCGGUAACAAGCAGAGCUUGA